UUGUUGUGUGGCCAAAUCUGGGAGAGUGUGUGUGGGGAAGUAUUUCAGAGAGUCUCCACAGCCCAGCUCCCUGGGAGGAGGGAGAAGGUGUGGAUGGAUGGUCCAUGUGAAGUUACACUGGAGUGACCCAUUGAGGGAAGAGCAGCACUAAGCAGUGAGCCCAGGGAGAUGUCCCAGGACGGACAGACGACUCAGGAGACGGAUGUGCAGCCUGAGGAGGACACCCUUGCUGCUGCCAGGGAGAAGAAAGAAGCACCAGAGGAUGAUGCGUCACCAUCGUGUCCCCGGGCAUCUCCUUUAGACUACAGGGAGAAGGACACACAGCAUAAAGGCUCUGCCAGCAUGGUGUGGGCAGCCACACCGGGGAUGCUGUUCCUGAAGAACAAGGACAGCAGCCUUCACCCCCUUGACCUGUCCUGGGUGUUUGGCUACAACAGCAGCCUGGCUGUGCACAGCCUGAUGGACGGGGAGGACCGGGUGCUCCUGUACAUCUCCUCCCACACAGUGGUCAUCCACGAUAUCCUGCGGAACAGGCAGUUCCACCUGCAGGGCCACACCAAUGUCAUCUCCUGCCUGUGUGUGAGUGAAGACAAACGCUGGGUUGCGACUGCUGACAAAGGGCCAGAUGCUCUGAUCAUUGUGUGGGACUCCUAUUCUGGGGUACCCGUGCGCACCAUCUUCGAGAGUCAUUCCGAGGACGGGGUCUGUGCCAUUGCCAUUUCCCAAGACGCCAAGUAUUUGGUGACCAUUAGUGCUGCUGCUGUGCAGGAAGUUUGUGUUUGGAGAUGGACUUUGCCCACAGGGAAACCCAUGUGCAGCACAGAGCUGAAGCCUGAGUUUGGGUAUCAGAAUAAGCAGAAAGCAUUGCUCAGCUUGGUGCUAAUGCAAGUCUUUGAAUUUCAGGAUUAUGUCAUUUUUAACCCUCAGAAUCCCCAUGAGUUUGUCAGCAACAGCAAAACCCAGGUGAUAUUUUACCUGUGGGUAAGUAGGGACAUGGGAAGUUGCGUUUUUGGUGCCAGAAAGGAGAUGGAUGAUUCUGGUUUGCAGUACGGGGCACCAUUCCUGAGCAACCAGACCUUCAAGUGCCUGGUGGGACAGUUCAGCCAGUCGGUUUUCCAUGUUAACAACACCCAAGCUCUGACGGGCACCUCGGCCGGGAAGCUGGUGGUGUGGGACAUGGACAGUCCCCGCACGCUCCCCGAGGAGCUGCUGGCCAAACCCCACGGAGUAACAGCCACCAAGGUGGUGUCACUGCAGAAGGAGAGUCUUACCGUGCUCACAGUGUUGGAGAGCUGUGUAGUCACAGGUGAUGUGAAAGGGCAGGUUAAAUUCUACGAUGGGCAGCUGCGGCUCCUCACCAUCUACAGCCACGACAAAGUGGGUCCCAUCCAGUCCAUCUCCUUCUCCACAAUCCUUCGUGAUCGUCCCAGUGCCCUCCCAGGCAGCAGCCAGCCUUUUCUCACCAGGAACUUUAUCCUUUCAACCUCUGAUGCAACCAUGUUCCAUGUUGCAACAGACGGCACAAGCUUUGAAAGAAUCAUGACAGAGGCAAAGAAAGCUGUGAAUGCCAUUGCCUGCCACCCUCGGGAGCCACUUGUGGCUGUGGGGAGCCACUGUGGGCUGCUGAAGGUGUGGGACUACAAGCAGACCCAGUACCUCAUUAGCAGGAUAUUCACUGAGGCUGGCAUCCAGUGCUUAUCCUAUGAUCCUGAAGGUCAUUUUCUGGCUGCUGGUUUUACUGAUGGAAGCGUUUACAUCCUUGAUGCAAUUUCCCUUCAGUCCAUCUGCGAGGAAUUCCAGUUCUCGCAAGGUCCCGUGACUCACAUCAGCUUCUCUCACGAUUCCAAGUACAUCGCAACCGCUGAUGAGAAUUAUUCAGUGACUGUUUACAAGAGAGUCCUGCAAAAUGGGAGCAGAUGCUGGGAACAUCUGGCAGGGCUGGACUCCCACUACAAACCCAUCCGGAGCAUCCUCUUUGGGGUCCACUCAGACAGCAACGAGCCCAGGCUGCUGAGCCUCGGGGAGGACCGGCAGCUGGUUGAAUAUGACCUGAAGAGCAGCAUUAAGGAUCACUUGGUAGUGACACACAGGGACAGGCUGGAGCAGGUUGCAGUGCCCCUGUGCUUGACCUGGUACCCGCAGCUCAGCACUGAGUCCUUUUUCCUCACUGCCAACAACUGCUACAAAAUGAAGCUCUACAACACGACAACCAAAAUGUGCAGAAAGACCCUUUUGGGACCAACCUAUGGCUCCCCCUUGGAGAAGAUACAAAUCCUCCCUAGGACAAGCUCUGCGGACCCCCAGCAGCACUACCUGGUGUACAUUACAAAGGACAAGGUGGGCUUGCAGAUGCUGCCUGUCGAUGGCAACCCCCACAAGUCCUCAGCCUUCAUUUGCCACCCGGAUGGUGCCUCUGACUUUGCCAUCUCCCACGACGGGCGUUACAUCUUUACAGCUGGGGGGAAGGAGCGCACUUUUAUGAAAUGGAAGGUCAACCUACAUACCUUGAAUGCUGCUGCUUUCCUGGGUGGGGAGGACUUGAUCCCAUUCUACAACCUCCUGGAUGGCGGCAGAGAAGGCAAAUUCUUCAGGGAACUGGAGGACUAUUUUUACUACGUACAGCUGUGCAGCCAAGGUAUCAAAACACUGGAGACCAGACAGGUGUCAACACAUAUUGCCUUGGAGGAAAUUCCUUCUGUAAUGAGAGCAAUAGGAUUUUAUCCAUCAGAGGAAGAGAUUGAAGACAUGAUAAAUGAAGUAAAAUUCAGCAAGUAUGCAGAUACUGGAGAAGAAGUGACAAAAAUCAAUUUAGAUGAUUUUAUCAAACUUUUUAUAAAUCAUCGACCUGCACUUGGCUUGUCAAUGAAAACCAUACAACGAGCAUUUCAGGUUCUUGGUUAUGAUAACAAGAAGGGAGACAAAGUUAUCGACAGAGGAGACUUCCUAUCACUGCUUCAGUGCAGAGUCACACAGGUUCUGGAAAAGUAG